GUUCCUGUCCUAAGCCUCUGACGCAGACGCAGACAGCGCUUCCCGAAAGUCAACAGCGAAAGCGGAAGAAAACCCCAACAUGGCUCCCAAAGUUGAACUUGCAAACGCUGCAGCGCUCGUCUGGCUGAUGUUUCUGUCUCUGAUCCAGCCGGCGGAGGCUUACGACGCGGGCGAUGCUCUGGCCCUGCUCCUGGGCUCCGUCCUGGCCGUGGUGGGCGUCUGUGCCUUCCUCGGCUGGUACGCACGGAGGCGGAACGGACAGCUGUGAGACUGUGUUGACUGUCCUGCCUUCUCAUCAUCAAACCAGAAUGAAUACCUGUGUAUCCGAUCUAAUGCGGGCCUUCUGGCACUAGGUUUUCAAUCGUGCCUUAUUUGGAAUGACUGCUGCUUAUUUGGAAACCACGUGGACUCUGUUGCAGGAGUUUGGAGGAGGGAGACAACCAGGAAGUUACCAAAAACAGGAACUGUUAUUUGUUGCACUGCUGAAGUCUGAAAGACCAAACACUGUUGCCUUGUAUAUGAAAAGGCUGCUGCAAUGUACUGUAUAUUGUCACAAAGAUGCUUGCAUUGUAUAACGUGCAUAUUUCCCAUGCUUUGGAGUGAUCACUGUGAUUUCCUGAUGUGUGCAAUGUGCAACAUGACAUCGCCAUUGUUUCAAAGCACAAUAUCACAAGUGUUGUUACAUGAAACGAGCAGAGCUGUUAAAUAUGAGACAGUAGCUCUGAGAAUAUUAAAUUGAUUCAUCUGA